UCGGCCAUCCGGAGGCUGGAGGCACCAGGAACCGAACCCGUGCUUCGGAGCUAGACUGCGGACGAAUCCUGGGACAGCGCGCCUCGCGAAAGUGGCUGCCGUGCGGCGCGGAGGGAUACGCCUCGGCCGCACCUCCCCUCCCCUCCCAGCGCCCCCGCCCCCGCCUCCCUCCCCGCUCGGGUCUGCUGCCGUCGCGGCGGCCGAUGCUGCUGCUGCUGCCGCUACCGCCGCCGCCGCUGCUGCCUGGAUAUAGUGCGGCAAGGAGCGGAGCUUGCAGUCACUUUGCGAGGAGGAGCGCGCGGGCUGCGGGUGGCUGGGGCAUCCGGGAGUGGCGGCGGCUGUAGCCGAGGCGGCCGUGGCAGCGGAAGGUUCUCUCUCCAGGCUGGACUUAAUAACUUUGGAAGUGUCCACCGGUGUCACGUCCUGAACAUGAGCCUCCUCCUCUCCUUCUACUUGCUCGGGUUGCUUGUCAGUAGCGGGCAAGCUCUUCUUCAAGUGACAAUUUCACUUAGCAAAGUAGAGCUUAGUGUGGGGGAAUCUAAAUUCUUCACAUGUACAGCAAUUGGUGAGCCUGAGAGUAUAGAUUGGUAUAAUCCUCAAGGAGAGAAGAUAAUUUCAACGCAGAGGGUAGUGGUACAGAAGGAGAGUGUCAGGUCCAGAUUAACCAUCUACAAUGCAGACAUAGAAGAUGCAGGGAUAUAUCGCUGCCAAGCAACAGACGCCAAAGGACAGACGCAAGAAGCUACGGUUGUCUUGGAAAUUUACCAAAAACUCACUUUCAAAGAAGUGGUAUCGCCUCAAGAAUUCAAACAAGGAGAGGAUGCAGAAGUGGUUUGCCGAGUCAGCAGCUCACCUGCACCUGUUGUCAGCUGGUUGUAUCAUAAUGAGGAAGUCACUGCUAUUUCCGACAAUCGAUUCGCCAUGUUAGCCAACAACAAUCUGCAGAUUCUCAACAUUAAUAAAAGUGAUGAAGGUAUAUACAGAUGUGAAGGAAGAGUGGAGGCUAGGGGUGAAAUUGACUUCCGCGACAUCAUCGUUAUUGUCAAUGUGCCGCCAGCCAUCACGAUGCCUCAGAAGUCCUUCAACGCCACCGCGGAGAGAGGAGAAGACAUGACACUCUCCUGCAGGGCCUCUGGCUCUCCGGAGCCCACCAUCUCUUGGUACAGGAAUGGCAAGCUCAUUGAAGACAAUGAAAAGUACAUAUUGAAAGGAAACAAUACAGAACUCACUGUCAGAAACAUAAUCAAUAGUGAUGGGGGCCAUUAUGUCUGCAGGGCCUCAAAUAAGGCAGGAGAAGAUGAAAAACAGGCCUUCCUCCAAGUCUUUGUACAGCCUCACAUAAUACAGCUUAAAAAUGAAACUACCUAUGAGAACGGUCAAGUCACGCUCACAUGCGAAGCGGAAGGGGAGCCCAUACCAGAAAUCACUUGGAAAAGAGCCGCGGAUGGAAUCACAUUCUCCGAAGGUGUCAAGAGCCCCGACGGCCGCAUCGAAGUCAAAGGGCAGCGCGGAAGCUCCUCCCUGCACAUUCGAGACGUGAACUUGACCGAUUCCGGGAGGUACGACUGUGAAGCUGCAAGCAGAAUCGGAGGGCACCAAAAGAGCAUGUACCUUGAUAUUGAAUAUGCUCCCAAGUUCAUAUCAAACCAAACAAUUUAUUACUCUUGGGAAGGAAAUCCAAUAAAUAUAAGCUGUGAUGUGAAAUCUAAUCCACCAGCAUCAGUCCAUUGGAGAAGAGAGAAAUUACUUUUGCCAGCUAAAAACAUCACUAAUUUAAAGACAUAUAGUGCGGGGAAAAAGAUGAUAUUAGAGAUUGCACCUACAUCUGACAAUGACUUUGGACGCUAUAAUUGCACAGCCACUAAUCGUAUAGGAACAAGAUUUCAAGAAUACAUUCUUGCUUUGGCUGAUGUACCAUCCAGUCCGUAUGGAGUGAAGAUUAUAGAGCUAUCGCAAACCACAGCCAAGAUUUCUUUCAAUAAGCCGGAUUCCCAUGGAGGUGUACCUAUCCAUCACUACCAAGUGGAUGUCAAAGAAGUGACAUCAGAAACCUGGAAAAUAGUACGCUCCCAUGGAGUUCAAACAAUGGUUGUUUUGAGCAACCUGGAACCAAAUACAACUUACGAAAUCAAGGUUGCAGCUGUGAAUGGAAAAGGGCAAGGAGAUUACAGUAAAAUAGAAAUCUUCCAAACACUCCCAGUCCGUGAACCGAGUCCUCCGUCCAUACAAGGGCAGCCAAGCAGUGGGAAGAGCUAUAAACUCAGUAUCACCAAACAGGAUGAUGGAGGGGCCCCUAUUUUGGAAUACAUUGUGAAGUACAGAAGUAAAGAUAAAGAAGGCCAGUGGCUAGAGAAAAAGGUGCAGGGAAAUAAAGACCACAUUAUUUUGGAGCAUCUACAGUGGACAAUGGGGUAUGAAGUUCAGAUUACAGCUGCCAACAGAUUGGGAUAUUCAGAACCGGCAGUCUUUGACUUCAUCAUGCCACCAAAGCCCAACAUAAUUAAAGACACACUUUUCAAUGGCCUUGGGCUUGGAGCAGUCAUUGGCCUGGGAGUUGCAGCACUCUUGCUAAUUCUGGUGGUAACAGAUGUCAGCUGCUUCUUUGUUCGGCAAUGUGGGUUAUUAAUGUGCAUCACCAGGAGGAUGUGCGGGAAGAAGAGUGGCUCCAGCGGCAAAAGUAAAGAACUCGAAGAAGGAAAAGCUGCCUACCUGAAAGAUGGCUCAAAAGAGCCAAUAGUGGAAAUGAGAACAGAGGAUGAAAGAAUCACUAAUCACGAAGACGGAAGCCCAGUGAAUGAGCCCAAUGAAACCACACCACUAACAGAACCUGAAAAAUUGCCUUUGAAAGAAGAGAAUGGGAAAGAAGUCCUAAAUCCAGAAACUAUAGAAAUUAAGGUUUCUAAUGACAUCCAAUCAAAAGAGGAUGACAGCAAAGCAUAACACCAAGAUUGCAGAGGCUUGAAGGAUGCUACAAAGAGCAUUUGGAUUUCAGUGACCCUAUGACCAAAACUAUUCCAUUGACCUUAAUUUCUUGGGAAACUUCUAGCUUGGAAUAGCUUGUACACAUAUACAUAUGAUCCAAUACUCCUGCCCAUGGUCAAUUUCCUUUGUUGUUGUUGUUGUUGUUAUUGUUGUUGUUUAUUUUGUUAAGAUAUUCAAUAUAGAGACCUGACUGGCACAAAUGCUUGGGUAUCGAUUUGACAGGAUGAUGAGAGAGCUGCCAUUUAUUCAAUGGCUAAAAUGCUAUACUUUUUAAGAACUGUGUUUCAUACCACAUCCUCUCCAACAAAUAGGAAUUUGAGCAAAACAAACAAACCAACAAAACAAAGCAAACCUUUGUGAGCCAAAUGUAUAAGAAAGCCCUGCAUGUUUUUAAUCUUAUUUUGGCAGACAGAUAAUUAAAGUGGAUUUCAGUUUAAGUUGAAAACACUUAAAGGUUAUAAUUUUUUUUAUUACAAGAAUUUCAGGGAACCUGGGCUUGAAGAAGCCAGCCGUCUUUAGCAGAUAUUAAAAAUCAAAAGAAACUUUGGAAAACUCCUUUUAAGUUAUAGUUAUAUUGAUUUUUGGUGGACUGAAGUGCCAGAUCAAAAUUGUUACCCACUUGAAUGAAUAUUAGUUGUGUGUAAAAUUAGAUUAGAAAGAUUCCGUAAAUUUCUCUUUUUAUCUAUGCCAUAAUUCACUCACAGUAGAUUACACACAGAAAAAUGUAUUGCAAGUGAAAAUUAUAUUAUUUUCUGCCCUCAGCUUCAAGUAAUAAAGUAAAUUGAAAUGAGAAUAAUAUUGUUGUGUUGCUAUAUUUAUAAAUAUGUGACUACCUUUUACUUUUAAAUGAUUUUACCAAAAAAACAGGUCUCUUAGUUUCUAUGACUUCAAACCAUACUUUCAGAUACAUUUUUUUGUCCAUUGUUUUAGAUAGUCUUUGUUUAAAAAUGCAUUUUUCAAGUGUUAUAAGUCAAUCAUAAGUGAAAUUGGCUAAUGGAAGUUAAAAUCCUUACCUUGGAUAAAUUAAGGAGAUAUUAAUGUUUAAACAUGCUAUGAAAGUGUCAAUGCUAAACAAUUAGGUUACUAUUGUACUAUCCUGUUACUCUGGAUGUUGUAGCUAGAAGUUAUUUUAAGAUUCUGAUAAACAACUUUGGUUGAGAAAUUCUGUAACUAUUCAACAUCAACUUUCUAAUAUUACUCAUUAGGGCCUGGUACCCGAAUAAAACACUUAUUUAACUUCCAAGCUAUGCAAGCUCCCUGAGGGAAAAAAAACAACUGGAACAUGGUUUUUACUUAUAUGUAAGGUAAACAAAUGUAUUAAUGACUAGAAAUAUAUAUACCAUUGGGAGCAGGUUUUAGGUUAUUUCUUACCCUAGAGAGCCAAAGGUUUCUUUAGGCCCCAUCACAUUCAUAAACUUUAAUGUUUCAGGUUGUAUUAUAGCUCAGAUAUUCACUGGCUGGGGAGUGCACUCCAAUAGAACAUUGGAGGACAGUUCUGGCAGUGCAGAGCAACCUGCUUUAGGGUGUCUCUCUCUAGAGAUGACUUAAUGAAUAUUGAUGUAAUGUUAAUGCCACUUAUGAACAGAUUUAUAUACAAAGUGCUGGAACCUGUCAGCCACAUAGAAACAGCUAACUAAUUUUACAAAGUGUUGGUUGUCAGCAGGACAGAAUCCGCCCACCUGCAUGUUCAGGCACUAACCCUCCAGUGUCAUUGCCAGGAUUCACAGGGUUAUGAUACAGAAAUCUCUCCUUGCUAUCCUUUCUGGCCUACUCUGAAGAAAAGGAAAAGACUUUAGUGCCUACCUAAGAUUUUAGUAGGAAUUAUCCAACUGGUCUUCUUGAUGGAUUUGUUGCUAUUUAUGUUUCGUCUCCUCAUCUGUUUGCUUUAUUUUACUGUGGUUUUUUUUUCACAUUUUUGUAUCAAUGUGCUAAAACUAAUCAACAUACUUGUGCAAAGUACAUGGGCUUCGUAAAAUGUUAGUGAAGCAAUAGCCAUGAAUGCUAACUUUUCCUGGAUAGGGCUACCUGGAUUUAAACUGAUGAUAGUAAAAGAAUUAGGAAACCUUUGGAAACAAUUUAGCAUGUCUACUACUGUUAUAUUUGUGCUAUACUUCGAGAACAGAGAAAUAAUAAAGAACACAUAUUUUUGUGUUUUUUUCAGAUUGAUAUUUCAGUUUCAUCUAUUUGGACUUUCCAUGUAAAGCAAUUUACCUAAAUAUUUCAAAUAUAUAUGUGUAUAUAUAUAUAUUUGUUGAAUUUUUUGCCACUAAUGUGGAGUAACAAUCUGAAGUUAACAGGUCAUCUGGAACGAAUUGUAGACAGACCGUUUCAAGUGCACUGUUUCAACUGUCUGAGUGUCCUCCUCUCUCGUCCCUGAAAUGUAUGCCAUGCAGGAGCACGGCAGUACUGUGAUAAACUUUUCUUUUUAAUGUUUUUAUGUAAUGCUCCAAAUUGAUCUAUUUGUAAAAGUUUUCAUCUGAGAGAUGGAUUUUAGUAAAUUGUAAAAUAUGAAUAGAACUGAAAUCAUGUUUCCUGUUUUUCAUUCUUAUUGUAGACUAAAUAUAUCCAUGUAAAUGUAUAGAUAUUAUUUUUACUGUCUGAGAGUACUCUUAAUUGUUAGUAUCAAAUGUCAAAAUAGCUGACUGAGUAUAGAUAUGUUAAAUAAUCAGCACCUAUGGUACUUUAACCAAGAAGCAAAGAUAUUACUAAAAACAUUGAUAUUUCAUGGUAGGUAAUGUGUAAUUAGGUAAUGACAAUCUAUACACAACAACCUAUAAGAGGAAAUAGUAAUAUCAGCAUUUUAGCACAUAUUUGGUUUUCAAAGUGAUACAAAUUAAUGUGUUAAUGCAUUUUACAAUAAUUUGCAAAAAUUAAGAGUUGUAAUUUCUAAAGAUUUAUUAUUGAUACUAAUGUCUAACAUUAAUGUAAUGCUGUUCAAGUUUUCCUUUAUUUUUAAUAUUAAUACUGAUAUAAGCAUUUUCAAAGACUGUUUCAUCCAAGAAAGUUUAUAUGAAUCUUAGUCUUUGAAUUAAACAUUUAUAUAAAUAGAAGGAUUUUAUUAAUCAAAUUAUUUAUUUGAGUGCCAAUAAUUAAUUAUAAUUUUAUAAUCAUACCUUUAUUUUAUGCUUAUUUUUAAUAAUUAAAAAUGUAUUUGUGCCUUUAGAUUAGCAUGAGAGUCUGCUUCUUACAAGAAAAAACACAAACUGCAAAUUUUAUUGAUAUAUUUUGCUUCUAUCUGUGACAAUUUAAUGAUACUGUCUCAAUUACUUUCAUUGAAUAUGCUCAAUUCAAAUUACUCUGAAUACAAAAUCUAAAUGUAACGAAUUAUGCUGUGCAGUUUAUUUCCUCUUAUGACAAAACGGUACUUUUGACACACACACAAAAUAUACUCAAUUUGUUCUGUAUUAUUGUUCUAUUCAAUAAAUACAUUCUAGAUACUGCUGAAAUUGAAUAUUACCAGUUGUAAAACAAAGCGACAGAUGACUUUUUGAAAUAGGGUAGAUUAUUAUGGUGUCACUUGGGUUCACAUUAUUGCUGUUAUAUAUUGAUUUGGGGGCACAAAUCAUCUUUUACUGUUGAUAACAUAAUCACUGAUGAAAAUAUCUUAACUGAAGUGGUAAAAAAAUAUAAUCUCUGUUUCUUAAUUUAAAAAAUACUAGGAAAACAUUACAAUUACUGAUUAAAAUGCAAUGUGCUUUUUCAUGAAGAAUAACGUAAAUGUUCAAUUUCAAUCCCGUAUGGAGCUCUUUUCCAUCACCAUAUCCAGAGUGUUUAUUCGACAAACUUAUGAGUAGGUGAAGAUAUUUUUUAAAUGUGAUUGUUUGCAUUAUUUAUCUUUAGAGAUAAAAGAUUUGCAUCGUCUUAACCCUUUGAACUAUUAUUACACUUUCUCUCACAUUGAAAUUGCAUAGGGAUGUAUUAGCAUAUGCUAAAAUUAAACUGUGGAAGGUCACAGAAAUGAAGUACUUCAAUCCUAAAAUGAAAAUCUUUCAAGAAAGCAUUCGACUAAUGUGCUUAAUAAUGUUCCGAGAUGAAACAAUUGUAUGUGUAAAUGAGAAAGUUAUAAAGGGGCCUAUAUGUAAUAGUUGCUGAACAAAUAUAAUUUUCUUCCUGCCCCUUCUCUCCUUUUAUUAAACAAUUGCAUUUACUGUUGUAGAUGCAGCUAUUUUACAUUAUACAAUAAUACUAAUUGACUAAUUAUUUACCCUCAUAUACUUUUAUAUAUAAUACUAAAUAUUUAUUUGAUAACACGUUUAAUAUCCUUAGAAAAAUAGUCCAUUAUUCACUACAGUGACUUAAAUACAUUAGUCAGUACCCUCUCUUUAAUUUUUUAUGUUUUCUAGGAUUUAUGCCAUGUGAUGUUCAUAUUUAUUUAUGUAAAAACUGCCCAUAUACACUUAUUAUUGCCACUGCUUUUUAUCUUUUUUUUCCUGAAAUGAGAACAUCUUUUGGCAUCUGGUUUUAGCUUUCUUUGGAAAACAAUUAGCAAAGCAAUGACUCUUGAAGCAUUUAAAUCACAACCAGGCAAAGGAGAAUAGAAAAGGAACUAAGAGAGCCCAGAAAGGCAGACUGAACUCCUACAUUUUGAAUAGGUAAGGAUGUAGUGUAAGAACUUCAGCAGGAACCAGGAACAUUGCUUAGAUGAAAAUUAAGGCCAAUUCUACUGAUAAAAAGGAGAAAAUGGAGUGAAAUCCAAAGGAGAAAGUUAACAUUAGAACCUAUGAUUCAAAUUUUACAACUAGGAUUUUUUUUUACAGAUCGUCAUGCAUUAUAUAAAAUAAAUGGUACUGUUAAGAGCAAACGUACUUGUUUCAAUUCUUAAAGGAAUGUUCAUGAUUUUGCAUUUGCCUCUAAACUCUGUUAGGAAUACGUGAACUUCUUAGAGAUAAAAGUUUUAGAAACACUUUUUUUAUGGUAUGAGAAUUCUAUGCUGUGUUCAGUAUGCAUUAAAACAUACUCUUAUUUUCUUUAACUUAUAUAUUCCAUUCAGAUUCUAUAUCCUUGAGUUAGUUAGUUACCACAAAGUUUUCUUAUUGUUUCAAUAUAGUAUGUCCCUAUGAAAUGCUGUAUAUAUAUAUAUGUCUAAACUGUAAAAAAAUUAUAAUGCAAAUGUUGAAGUUUUGUAUUUAUGAGAGAUAUUGAAAGUAUGGCUUACGGUAAUCAAAAUUGUCACUUCACCAUUUGUAUAUUACUAGUAAAGAUACUUUUGCUUUAA